ACAGCGCAGCUAAUAAUGCUGGUAUGGUGUCUAAUAUUCAAAUGGUUAGUCAAUAUAUUCAGACUGGAUUGCCAUAUUAUCAGCAACCAGUAUAUUCAUACGAGGAUAUACAAAUGAUGCAACAGAGAGUGCCACAUGUGCAGGGCUUCUAUGAUUUGAAUUACACCCCCACAAGUUUGGGCGCUGGUCGUGACAACUUGGGUUCAGUGGCAUAUUCUACUAUGACUGAUGGCCGAUUUGCAAGGACCGACAAUAACUCUAGCCCAGUGAGUAAUGUAUCGAGUACAAUGUCACAACAAGCAGGUUCAAGCGCGCCUAUGCUUAAUGUUCCUUACGCGUAUUUCUAUGGUGGCAAUGUUAUGCCUGGUGGUUUUCAAUAUGGCACGCCGGCUAUAUAUCCUCAACAAAUUCCUGCUGCUAAUACAGCAUCUGGUGGUCAAUUCCCAAAACCAUCUUAUAAUACUGGUUACGGUUCAACUAGUUAUGAUGCACUUACGCAAGCUUCACAGGAUUAUACAAAGGGGGCAUACCCUUCUAAUGUGAACCAGCCGACUAAGUCGCAGAAUGUCACAAAUCCACAGCAAGGUGCAACCGGUUCGGACAUUACAUCGUCCAUGUAUGGCAAGGGACAUGUAGCAUUAAACAAGGUCAAUUCAUAUGAAAAGCAAAAUUUCCAUUCUGGUACUCCACCACCAUUUAAUAUGAGUAACACACAGACAGCUGGUGGUGCAUCCGCUCAGCCCUAUGGCAUGUAUUUACCAAUGCCUGCAGCUGGUCAUCAUAACAUGAUUCAUCAACCAAUACAUCAGAUGGACGGCAGGAUUCAUAACUCAUCCCGCCGGGAUUCGAACAGUACAGGUCAGCGUCAGCAAGCUAGUAGCCAAGCUAAAUCGGCUGCUAAGCAGAAUUACUCACCUUCGUAUUGGACAGGACAAAACUAAAUCUUUUACAUAUAAACAAAAAAAAAGCAAAAAAGCAAAAACACUGUAUUGAAUGGUCCAAUCUUAGAUCUGUUUAUUACCAUUCAACACAAAGAAGAAACAAUGUCUCGUUUUUAUGAUGAAUACCCACAAGAAAUAUGAAAUCAUUUGAUUUUUAAAACAACAACAACAAACAAACAGAAAAAACAGAAAACAAAUUUAGUAAAAUAUGUCCUUUGUACAUCAUCUACUAAUUAAUUCAUUAACUUAUACUAUACCACCAUACUCCUCUCCCAUGCACCAAAAACAG